AUGGACGAGAAAAAUGAUAUCCGCCAGCCACGGGAUGCUUCAGGUGAGGGCAUGUACAGCCUCGAGGCCUCAGUGCCUUCACCCGCUGUCAACGUGCUUUGUGUAGGCAUGAACAAGUCCGAGCUGUCACCCUUAAUUUAUUCUGAAUGGCCAAAUGUGCACUUCAACGCCACAACUUGGAGUGCUACAACACCUGAUGACAUUCCGCGCACUCCAUCCUGGCUCAACCGUACAGUGGUCGAUGACAUUUUUGGAUUUGGCAAGAAAUAUGAUCAACGGCCUCCCAUCUUUGGCACGUACCCGGGAUCCAACAAUACAAUCUUGAAUACCACCGGCCUCUGGCCAGCUAACUCGAUUUACCUGCUUGGCAAACCAAGCGUCUCUAAUCCUGAAUAUGUAAUGUGUGUUAUUCGCGCCAAAUUGACUGGCGUUUGCUCCACACGCUACGUCGCGGCGUCUAGUGGCGCCUUCUUCAGCUCCAAUUGCUCGGGAAUUACGAAUUCUCAAGCAAGUAACGAGCGCCUUCUAAUGCAACUGAUGCCCGCAUACGACUCGAAUACCAAAACAUAUUCCCUGAACCCGUCCCUUCCCUCCGUCGGGGAAGCUGUGGCAGUGAUGGCUGGAAGCACACUCAUCCUUUCCUCUCAAAAUGCCCCCCUUUGUUCACUACUUCAACUACACCGUCCCCAACAACAUUCUCCCGAGCCAGUCUAUCAGGACUUUCCGGCCUCUUUGCAAUCAGUAGGCUACGCUUCCGGCGGUACCGAGCGCUGGCAGGGUAUUUUCUACGUGAUCCUCGUCUUUGCUUUCCUGACCUCUUUCAUUUGCCUGGUCUUUGUUAUCUUCGAAGCAGCUUUUACCGAACCGCAGAAUCUGUUUGCGAUCGCGGUGAAUAGCCCCUAUUCCUCGCAGCUGCAAGGUGCAUGUGGAGGUGGUCCCGCCGGCUGGCAACUGAAGGAGAGAUGGUAUAUUGGUACGGAUGAAGCAGAUGAACAUUAUUACAUUCGAGCAAAAAAGGAUGGACAGGGUCCAUACACAGAGGCUAAAUCCACGAGCUAUCUAGGGCUCGAACCGAUGGAGGUCGAGGAUGGAGGUGGGAGUACGAAGGUUGUCAGCCCGGCAGUUGACGAAUUUCGUCGGGUUUCCAAACGGUCUUCGUUUUUGUCAAACUUUACUAAUGUGUAA